AUGCCUGCUGCUGUCAAUGGAGUCCCCAAGGGAGAGACUUUCCUCUUCACCUCUGAGUCUGUCGGUGAAGGUCACCCCGACAAGAUUGCUGACCAAGUCUCGGAUGCCAUUCUCGAUGCCUGCCUUAAGGAAGACCCUCUGUCCAAGGUUGCUUGCGAAACUGCCACCAAGACUGGAAUGAUCAUGGUGUUCGGUGAAAUCACUACCAAGGCCCGCCUCGACUACCAGCGCAUCAUCCGAGACACGAUCAAGGACAUUGGCUACGAUCACUCCGACAAGGGGUUUGACUACAAGACCUGCAACGUCCUCGUCGCCAUUGAAGAACAGUCCCCUGACAUCGCCCAGGGUCUACACUACGAGGAGGCAUUGGAAAAGCUCGGUGCCGGUGACCAGGGCAUCAUGUUCGGCUAUGCCACCGAUGAAACCCCCGAACUCUUCCCCCUGACCAUUCAGCUCGCCCACAAACUCAACGCGGCCUUGAAGCAGGCUCGUGUUUCAGGAGAGCUGCCAUGGUUGAGACCAGACACCAAGACUCAAGUGACCGUGGAAUACGUUCACGACGGAGGUGCCGUUGUGCCCGUGAGAGUGGACACUGUGGUCGUCUCGGCCCAGCACUCGGAGAAAAUCACGACCGAGGAGCUACGCAAGGAAAUCCUGGAGAAGAUCAUCAAGAAAGUCAUUCCUGCGAAAUACCUGGAUGAGAAGACCAUUUACCAUAUUCAACCUUCGGGUCUCUUCAUCAUCGGUGGACCCCAGGGUGAUGCUGGUCUCACCGGCCGUAAGAUCAUCGUCGACACGUAUGGUGGCUGGGGUGCUCACGGUGGUGGGGCCUUCUCCGGCAAGGACUACAGUAAGGUCGAUCGAUCUGCAGCAUACCUCGCUCGGUGGAUCGCAAAGUCUCUCGUCGCGGCUGGCCUCGCCCGUCGCUGCCUGGUCCAGAUGUCCUACGCCAUCGGUAUUGCUGAGCCACUAUCCUUGUUCGUCGAAACCUACGGAACCAGCGACAAGAGCAGCCAUGAACUCGUCGAAAUCAUCAACAAGAACUUCGAUCUUCGACCGGGUGUCAUUGUCAAGGAACUCAACCUGAUAAACCCUAUCUACUGCCGAACAGCAAAGAACGGGCACUUUACUGACCAGAGCUUCCCCUGGGAACAGCCGAAGAAACUGGAGUUGUAA